AUGCCUUCGGCUUUCUCUGCGGUUGCGUCACAAGUGCCGACAGGAGAGUCGCCCGCAUCGUUCUGGCUUCUAGCUGCCAGUGACCUCCGUGUGUCGCCAGGGGGCGCGGGCGCGGUGUUCAAGCUUAAAGCCCCUGGCGCGAGGGUCGCGCCGCGGGUGCACAUGGCAGCCGAACCGAAGAACUUGCCCUGUGGCGGCCACUGGCUUUGUCCGGCGAUUGCACUUGUGGCGGCAUGGUCGCAACGCGACAAGCAUGAGCUCUGCCCAGGCAUUACCAAGUCUGCACGUCCGUCGCCAACAGCGGUAACCUUGUUCGAUACGAAAGCUGGAGCUUCGAUCGAGACAGUCGAAUCACAAAAUUGGAGGUCCUACACCAAAACUCUGGUAGCAGACCCAUCUCGUCGUGCAUCUCCUCCCCAGCAUUCUCUGUGCUUCUGCAAUACAUUGUGCGUACGAUGCGAAAAAGUCGCUCCGACAGAUGGGGUCCUUGAUUUCCUUCAUUGCGCCAAUUGCCCAUUGCACAUGUGCACUAUCCGUUGCCUCGAUGGCGUACAGAAACAGUGGCCGCAGGAACCCCUGGCUGACCUGCCCCCUUUCCGAUGCAUUUCGCUCAUCUUCGACAAGAUGACGUAUCUGGCGCACUGCCUCUUGCGCCUCUGGAGUCGCAGACUGCUGUUGACUCAGAUUGCGGCCAAUCUCGAUGCGCUCCGCGUAAUACGCAGCCGCGGAAACGGCAACCAAGCGGGCUAA